ACAGAAAGGAACAGCUCUUUUCAUUAUAGCUGCUCUUUCAAUAUCUGUUUGCUCAAUGAUAUACAUGACUGACAAGACGCUGUUUGGAUACCCGUACAAAUCAAUAUUUAUCAAUAAAGACACAUUCCAACCAGCAACGUCUGUUCGUCCUUUACAAAGAACAUCUUUGUCUGAGGUAGUAAGAAACGUCGCAUUUAUCAAGACCCACAAAACAGCUAGUACUACAGUAUCACGUAUUGUUGAACGUUUUGGUUAUUUAAACAAUUUAUCGUUGGUUUUGAACAAAAAUAUUCCUAAAAGUGGACACUUCUAUUACGCUUCGUUGGAUGAGAAAAUAGCAUCGAGAUAUCUUUUACCACCGAGAGGUGUCAAACACACCAAUUAUUCAGACUUCAGAUACAAUAUUUCUUCAGCGCACAUUCUUUACAACAGGGCAAUAUUUCAAACCUUUAUGGACAGCAGGACAAAGUAUAUAACUAUUCUGCGAAACCCGGUAAAUCAGUUUGUGUCAGCAUUCGGUUAUUUUGCCUUCAAGGAAGUAGUGGGAAUUGAAAACGAUACAGUAGCACUCGAAUUAUUCAUGGAAAGUCCUGUAUAUUAUCGUAAUAAAUAUGAAAAAUCUAAUGCACUUUGGAAAUAUUCGCGCAACAAUCAAAUGUUCGAUCUUGGGCUUAGGCAUGAGUUUCAUGACAAUGUCACAUUGGUGAGAAGGAAGAUAAAGGAAAUUGAUAAAGAAUUUGAUUUCAUCCUGAUAGGCGAUUACCUAGAUGAAUCGUUGCUCAUUCUAAAAGAAAUAUUUGGCUGGACUUUCGAAGAUAUAAUGUAUGCUUCUCAAAAUCGUCAGAAAGCAAAAAAGAAAAGCAUGGGAGACGAUUUGUAUCGUAAAAUCCGCCGGUGGAAUAGCGUUGACGCGAUGCUGUAUGACCAUUUUAAUAAAACACUUUGGAGAAAGAUUGCUGAAUAUGGAAACGAUUUUGAACGAGAUCUUGAACAUUUGCGUAAUCUUAAUCAACAGCUUAUUGAUAAUUGUACGAGAGGGGAAGCUACAAAAACUCAUUUAAGGGGGUUUAAGCAAGUUAACUUUAUUCUAGCCAAAAACGCGACCGAUAUCUGCCAACUCGUCAUCGACACCAAGAAAACCCUCUUUAAGCGAAUUUGGGACGCGCAAAAUGUCUCGAUCGCAUCAGAAGAGGGCAUUUCUUAUGGAUCUUUGGGGGGCUAGUCACGUGUGGUAUUAGUGCUAUGUCAGAUCGUGACGUCAAACAAGUUAUAUAU